UAAUGGCAGCAUGCUCUUAAUAGCAGGGAGGGGAUUCAUUUAUCAAAGUGGCAAAAGGGUUGGGAGGCAAGUCCUGUCGCAGCCCUAAAGAGUGUGCAGCUGUCAGACACACGGAGAAGAGGGAAAGGGUGUGCGAGAGAAAUCUGCCUCUGCUGCUGGUUGUAAGCUACGGUGCUUGUGACAUGAUUCCUGGGAGCACUGAAGUCUGAGUGAAGCUACUGAAAACUCAAACUGCUGGGAGUGAGUGCCACCCUCCUUUCAAGGUUGAGCAGACCAUUAAUGACCAGAUGGGCUCUACUGGGAAGACUUGCACUCACACCAUGACAGCUGAUGAGUCAAAAGCUGGAGAGUUAGCUCUGGAGCCCUUGCUCACAUGCAAGCUGUGUCUCUGUGAAUAUUCUCUGGAUAAGAUGACCACUCUUCAGGAAUGCAGCUGCAUCUUUUGCACAUCGUGCCUAAAACAGUACAUGCAGCUGGCCAUUCAAGAAGGUUGUGGCUCUCCUAUCACUUGUCCAGAUGUGGUGUGCUUGAACCAUGGGACCCUACAAGAAGCAGAGAUUGCCUGUUUGGUACCUGUUGACCAGUUUCAAUUAUACAAGAGACUGAAAUUUGAACGAGAAGUCCACCUGGACCCUCGGAGGACGUGGUGCCCUGCGGUGGACUGCCAGGCGGUAUGCCACAUUGAACCGAGUGAGUCGGGGCAGCCCGUGCCCGUGGAGUGCCCGGCUUGCCGCCUCAGGUUCUGCUCCUCUUGCGAGGAGCCAUGGCACCCGGAGCGCCUCUGCCAGGGCAACCAGGCUGCUGUAAUAUCCACUGAACAGGGGUCACUUAUCAGGAUGGAAAUCGAGUCACCGAUAAAGCAGUGUCCUGUUUGUCGGAUCUAUAUUGAACGAAACGAAGGCUGCGCUCAGAUGAUGUGCAAGAACUGCAAGCACACCUUUUGCUGGUACUGUCUACAGAACUUGGAUAACGAUAUCUUCUUAAGACAUUACGACAAAGGCCCUUGCAGGAACAAACUAGGCCACUCGCGUGCCUCAGUGAUGUGGAACAGAACGCAGGUUGUGGGGAUCCUCGUCGGGUUAGGUAUCAUAGCACUGGUGACCUCUCCCCUGCUGCUCGUGGCGUCUCCAUGCAUCAUUUGCUGCAUUUGCAAAUCUUGCCGAAGCAAAAAGAAAAAACACAAUCCACCAACAACCUAAAACUUUGUGUCUGUUUGAGCCUUCAUCUGU